AUGGUAGCUUUACUCGAUUUGCCAGAGGAAAUCCUCUGCGAAAUUUUUGCGCAACUUCCAUCACAGAAGGAGAUGAACGCCUUUGUGCAAACAAACCGCCAUCUGUACAGGCUAUUCAACUCCUCCCUUUAUCGUCAUAACAUACAGCACUCAGGCGGUUCGGCUUUAGCCUGGGCAGCUGAGCACGGACACCUCAGCGUGGUUCAGAGGAUCCUGAACAUGGGCAAAGACAAUAUUGCUGUUAAGGGUCAGGUAGAGCAAGCAUUCCUGCUGGCAGCAAGACACGGCCAUCUUGCCAUAGUAAAGCUGCUGCUCCGUAAUGGCGCAGAUGCAGACCAGCAAACUACACACGGCAGUAGCGCCUUGCAAGAGGCGGUAGUGCAAGGCCAUGAGAAAGUAGUGGAAUUAUUGCUCGACAGUGGCGCCAGCGCCAACUUACAAAUGCCGCUCGGGGGCAGUCCCCUGAAAGAGGCACUUUCUGCCCGUCGUAUUGGGGUAGCGAAGCUACUGAUUUCUCGCGGUGCUAAGCUGAAAACGCGAAAUGGAGGCUUCAGUGGCGCACUUGCCGCUCUCGCGGGAACAGGCCAGGAAGAUGACGAUAUGGUAGAGCUAGCAGAGAUGCUGCUUAGUAUGGGCGAUGUUGCGAUGAUACCUGAGAACCUUGAAGGAGCUAUCAUGGCUGCCUCACGAAAUGGAAGCAAGAGAAUGGUAAAGCUACUGAUUGAGCGAGGGACCAAUAUCAACGUAGUUGAUGCACGCCAUGGUAGUCUUCUUCACGCUGCUUCACUCAAAGGCCAUUUGCAGGUAGUGCAUCUGCUGCUUGAGAAUGGCGCUGAUGUCAAUGCUCAAGGUGGAGAUCAUAGUAGUGCUUUACAAGCCGCAUCAUUUGCAGGCUAUGAACCCAUAGUUCGAUUGCUGCUUGCAAGAGGCGCAGAUACCAACCUAAGAGGUGGUAUCUACGGAAAUCCUUUGCAAGCAGCCUCGUCUAUGGGCCGCAGACAGCUCGCAGAGCUAUUGAUCGACCGUGGCGCUGAUGUCAAUGCCGAAGGCGGGCGACACGGUAGCGCUCUUCAAGCAGCUUGCUCUCUCUUCAGUGGACACCCCAAGGAUGAUACGACUUUAGUUGAGCUGCUGCUGGGUCGAGGUGCCAAUAUCAAUGCUCAAGGGGGUAAGUAUGGCAGCGCUCUGCAGGCAGCAUCGGCUGCUGGCCGUGAAAAGGUGGUAGAGUUACUGAUAAGUAAUGGCGCCAAUAUCACUGCCAGCAGCGGCAAGUACGGCGAUGCUCUUGAAUUGGCUUCGGGGCGUGGCCACAAGUCAGUAGUAAAGUUAUUACUGACUAAUGGUGCUGGAAAUGAUGCGCAAAGCGUUGGCAAGGCUCUGCAAGCCGCCUUGUCCGCAUGUUGUACGGAAAUUGUAAAACUGCUUGUAGAUCAUGGUGCUAGUCUUGAUCUGCCAGGCAAGGACUGGGGCGAUACACUUGCUUCGAUGGCGCAUGCUUGGCCCGAAACUGAUGAGAUAAUACAGCUAGUAAAGCUGGUUCUCAAUCUCGGCAACAGCACUAUAUCACCGCCUCGGGAUUUUGCCGAGGCUCUCGCAAUAGCUUCGGAAAAUGGGGGUGAAAGGAUUGCAAAGCUGCUGAUCGAUAAAGGCGCCGACAUUAAUGUAGACGCUGGGCACUUUGGCAGUUUUCUUCAAGCAGCAGCAUGGCAUGGCCGAAAGGAGAUGGUAGAGCUAUUCCUCAAAAACGGCGCCAAUGUCAAUGUCAGUUGCGGACAUUUUGGCAGUUCUCUCCAGGCAGCUUCGUGCAGAGAUGGGCUGGACAUCGCAAAACUGCUUAUCGAAAAUGGCGCCGAUGUCAAUUUGCAAAACAAUAAAUGUCCGGCCUUGGUGGCGGCAUGCUGCGCAAGAUAUGAGCAGAUGACAAGGUUUCUGCUCGAGAAUGGUGCCGAUAUCAACAUCAAAGACGAGACUUAUGGCACCGCUUUGUAUGCAGCCGCCAAGUGUGGCAACCAGAGCCUGGCGCAGCUUCUGAUCGAUCACGGUGCAGAUCUCAGCGUUCGCUGUAGUUAUCGCGGCGACAGCCCUCUUGAAAUAGCUUCCCUCGAGGGACAUGGGCAAGUGGUAGAGUUGCUGCUGGCUCAUGGUGCUGACGUUAAUGCUCAAGGCGGCAAAUACGGCAAUGCUCUUCAGGCUGCUUCCCAUGGAGGCCAUAAGCACUUAGUGCGAGCAUUACUUCAUGCUGGCGCUAAUGUAAAUGCGCAAGGUGGAAGGUACAGCCAUGCUUUAUAUGCUGCAUUGGAAGGAAACCAUAUGCCAGUGGCUCGGCUUCUUAUUGAAAAUGGCGCCAGUCCACAAGGUGGAGAGUACGGCAAUGCCCUGCAAAUGGCAUCAUACAAAGGCCAGGAUCAGAUGGUCAAGAUCCUGGUCGAGAAUGGAGCCAACGUUAAUACCCAGGGCGGCGAGUAUGGUAACGCUCUGCAAGCGGCUUGUUAUGGAGGCCACGAGCAACUUGCAACAUUCCUGAUCUCCCAGGGAGCAGAUGUUGGCGCGCAGGGAGGGGUCUAUGGUAAUAUACUGCAAGCAGCCGCAGCUGGGGGCCAUAUACAACUGGCCACGCUAUUCAUUGAUCAAGGGGUUGAUGUCAACAUCCAAGGUGGACACCACGGUAAUCCUCUCCAAGCUGCUGCCUACAAAGGACAUAAACAACUGGUGACAUUAUUGCUUGACAAGGGUGCUCAUGUCAAUGCUCAAGGUGGAGAUGACGGUAAUGCUCUGCAGGCAGCUAUCCUCGAAGGUCAUGAAGAAAUAGCAAAACUGCUUCUUGAUACUGGGGCUGAUAUCAGCCUCCAAGGAGGCUUCUACGGCAAUGCUCUCCAGGCAGCUGCCUACAAAGGCCAGGAACAACUCGUGAUAUUGUUGCUUAGCAAGGGUGCUCAUGUUAAUACCCAAGGAGGCUACUAUGGCAAUGCACUCCAGGCAGCUUUGGCCAACGGCAAAGCUCACCUAGCUGAACUCCUUAUAGCCAAAGGUGCUAACAUCCAUGCAGAGGGUGGAUUUCUUCGUAGUGUAUAA